AUGCAACCAGAUCCGCAAGCAAAGUUUGCCCUGCACGAGGCUGCCAGGGAUGGGAAAACUUCCAUCGCCGAGUCUCUUCUGAACGCAAACCCCAAACUCGCACUGGUUAAAGACGAUGACAGCCGACUUCCUAUCCACUGGGCGGUAGCAUAUAACCGACUGCCUAUUGUCGAGCUGUUAGUGGCGAGCAGGAACUUUGACCCGGACGUUGAGGAUGGAUCAGGAUGGACACCACUGAUGAUCGCAGCCAGUCUGAGGGACGCCGAGGGUGACCCGAUCCUUGAGCUGCUCCUGCGUAAGGGAGCCGACGUGAGUAUGAAAAGCGUCACCGGCCAGAAUGCCCUCCACUUUGCCACCUCCAAGGCCAACCUAUCGACGGUCCGCACCCUGCUAGACCACAAGUGCAGUGCGCGCGUGAAGGAUCAGCGCGGCCAGCUGGCGCUGCAUCGCGCUGCGGCGAUUGGAUCGGUGCCUAUUCUCAAGAUACUGCUGGAGCAAGGGAAAUCACCACUCAACGCCUCAGACAUGGAUGGCUUGACGGCGCUUCACCACGCCAUCUCUGAGGGUCACGGUGACGCAGCCAUCUUCCUGCUUAAGGCGGGCGCGGAGGCAGACAAGCGCGAUGCUGGCGAUCACCUUGCUAUCGACCUUGCGCCGGAUGCAAAGGUCCGGAAGUAUAUUCUCCAGACCGCGGAAAGAGAGGGGAUCGAGCUUCCGUAG